AUGGAUAAACAUUUACAAGGUAAGUCUCUCUGUCAUUAGCUUUAGUUAAAUCCUGUGAAUGUGUGUGUGUGUGUGUGGGGGGGGGGGGGGGGGGGGGGGAUUCCAGUAGAUCACCAAUAAGGAAGUGAGUAAUAACAUUUCUGAGUUUAUCUCAUAUUGUUUCAGGAGGGAAAGCAUUUGGAUUCCUCAAGUCGCAGCAGGAUGAGAAACUGAACUCCAUCAAUGAGGUCUGUUGUUCAUCUGUCUAUAAAUGUUAUUUGGGCAGUAUUAUCUAGCUAUAGUAUUAUUAGCAACUAUCAGAUCUCAAGGUCUGUCUUGUGAUAUUCUAUUCUGAAGGUUUUUCUCACAGAUCCUAAAUAUGCAGAGGAGGAGGACCUCAGCUCAAAACUGGAAAUGUUUAAAAGUGAGAUUUUCAAGUGUUUUAAUUUCACAUUGAUCAGACAGUUAUCAGUUACCUUGAUGAAUGAAUCAACAAUGAAAUAAUAUGUUUAAUGUGUUCUGUAUUGUUUUACAGACAAAUACAUGGAAUUUGAUCUCAAUGACCAAGGAGACAUCGGUAAAACAAUCCUGAUGAAUAACAAGAUUAGGCUAAUCAAGAGGACAACAUUGAGCCAUCCAUGUGAACUAUCUUUGUCAUCUUUGUCUCUUUCUCUAUCUAUCUCUGUGUCACAGACAUGAUGGGGCUGAAGCGCAUGUUAGAGAAGCUGGGGGUGGCCAAGACUCACCUGGAGCUGAAAAAGAUGAUGUCAGAUGUGGUUGGCGGCGCUGCACGAGACACGUUCUGUUACACAGACUUUCUCAAUAUGAUGCUAGGAAAGAGGAAUUCCAUACUCCGACUGUAAGUUAGAAGAAAUAUGAAACUACAUUAAUGACGGCAUUACAUUAGACCCGAAAUGAAACUUCUGAAUACGAUUCUGAACUUUUGUAAUCCACUGUAUUUCCUUUAAGGCUAUGUCUCGUUGCUACAUGACAUGUGUAAUAAUAUGUGUUUGUUUAUUUUUCUCUGCCGAAGGAUCUUGAUGUUUGAGGAGAAGGGGAAAGACCAGGAGGCCAAAGAGAGUGGACCACCGCAACGCAAGACUUUUUCAGAACUGCCCUGA